UCCGACAGCCGCGACCAUAGCGGCAGCGUAUGUGUUUCCCGCCUUCUCCAUGACGGGUCUGCCUCAGCGUGUGGAGACGCACUGGGAAUGGAUCUUCCCCACGUGGCAGCGUGCAGCCACCUUUCUGGCCCUGGUGGUGCUGGUGUUCUGCCUGGGCGGCGGCUACACCGUGCACCGCAUGGACCUGUCGCUGGUCUCCUCGUGGCUACAGUGGGUGUCGAAACGGCGCUGGACACUGAAGCAGCUCGCCAUGGUAGAGUUCGCCGGUGGGGUGACGCCCAUGUACGACUGCCCCGGGGUCCUGUGGUCCUACAGGGGAACUGCAUCCAGGUGA